AUGCAUGACGACAAUUCAGAAAAUCCUCAGCCUUACCUUAUGGAAAAAGGGUCGGAUGUUACUCUAACAUGCACUGCCAGUUUCGAGGCAUACAGAAUGAGAUGGUUUGUCAAUGAUACAUUGCUGGAAAAUGAUAGCUGCACAAACGGAGAACAGAACCCGGUUAAAACCUGUAAUCUGACUUUACGAAGGCUAGAUGUCGGUGGGAAGUAUACCUGCCAGGCAGCUAAAAGUGGAAUCAGAGAGUGCACUUUUAAGGAGCUGGAACUUAAAGUCGCUGGUGAGUCGAGACUUAUUCAAGUGAGUAAUUAUUAUUAUUACUAUUAUCAUUAUCAUUAUCAUUAUUAUCAUUAUUAUUAUUAUUAUUAUUAUUAUCAUUAUUAUUAUUAUUUUUAUUAUUAUUAUCAUUAUUAAAGGGCCGAUGUUGACAAAUUUUGCUUGUAUCGCUUUACGAAGGUGGCCCGGAAAUAUCAUGAAAAAGCAUGCAAAAGAUCUGUCAUGAGAAAUAAAAAAACAGUUGUCAUGAUAUCUGUGGGCCACCGUCGUAAAAAGAUACAAGUAAAACUUGUUAAAAUUGGCCCUUUAAUUGAUAACAUAAUAAUAAUAAUAAUAAUAAUAAUAAUAAUAAUUGCGUUCGCAGAACGCCAUCCGAAAUUAGUAGCCAGAAAAAAUCGAGAUUUUUCGCGACGGACUUUCAAAUAGCCUGGCCUCUUGAAAGAACGCGGCUGUCCUGGGUACGGAAGAUACAAAACACAUGACUCAUUUUUUCGACCAAUAAGAGAUGACUGUUGGUCCACGUGACUUGUAACACACAAUGGAAACUUUUAGAAUGUUUCUUGAUCUGUUUGCGUUUUUUAAAGCUCGAUUCAAGGUUUUCCUGAUGCUAACAUAGGUGAAUUUCGUUUUGUUACUUUUGUUUGUUUGUUGGUUUUUUUUAUGGCGCCUUAAAUUACUUGGAUAUAUUUCGAAUUCAGGCAUAUGCGAUUAAGUGUGUUAAUUGAGCAAAGUUUUGGUGUACACGGCGAACAAGAAAUGUUCCUUCUACUUUCGACUUUCGUUUAGUUAUUUUAACAAAUUAAGUUUCACUGAAUUGUAGAGUGGGUCUUUCAACUUUGAGUCAAAUAAAAACCGCAUGCAUGAAUAAAAAUCGUCUUACAUUUUAUUAGUACAAAUAAAAUUAUCCGAUUAUUGCCAAUAAAUCUAAAUCCUGCAGCUGAAGAUACUAACAAUUGGGUCAAGUAACAACUAAUUCCAUUUUGUUGUUAACUGAUGUGCAAUAUAAUUAUGCAGCACAUAUGGUUCUAUAUCAACCUUUUUACAAUAAAAUUGUUUUUUAACAAUAUGUUAAUCAUUGCCAUCAUCAUCACCUUUUUUUUGUCCCUGGACACUAACUCAUAGAAGCUUGUAAAAAUCUAUGGUCUGCCCGGAAAUAACUCACUUCGCAUAUCGAACGCACUCUUUAAUCUAUGAUUACCCCUAGUAAUAAUAAUAAUGAUGAUGAUGAUGAUAAUACGAAUAAUAACAAUAAUAAUAUUAUUAUUAUCAUUCAUUGUUAAUAAGUAUUUUUAUUACACAUAUUCUACAAAUUAAUCAUAUUCACUUUUUACAAUCAGCUUGCAAAGAAAAAUAUUAAUAAUAAUUUACUGUUUACAAUCAGGUUAAAAUCAUAUGAUUAUAUGCUAUAAAAUAUCUUAUUAGUACUGUAGAAAAUUCAUCACCACAUUUCUAUCAUUGAAUACUGAAGUAGAGUGAAUGUACUUGUAUUCAAUCGAAAUAACUCAUUUUUUAAAAAUCUAGUUCCCAAUUUAAGGUUGAUAUACGAAAAACUGUGCCCAGCUGUCAGCAGAUCCUGUCAUUUUCAAUCAAGUGCAUGAAGGGUUUAAACUCAGUCUAUAGCCUACGGGAUAUGUGGUAGACAAAAGUCUUAUUUUUAUAACCCAUGUCACAGCGUUUGUAGAGGGCAGAGUAAUGGGGAGGGAACAUCUGUUUAGGUUUUCCAAUCGUUGGUGCGCUGCAUCAACACUCAUAUAGACACGUACAUAUCUUGUAGGCUGAUUUAGCCAGAACUGACGUCUGGCGUCUCUUUUUAAACGUUACUGAAGGACGUUCUUGAUACAGAAUUUAAAAUAAUGAACAAAAUUCAUCAUCACAUUACUGACGGUAUAAAAACCAUUACUAAUAAACCUUUCCCACAUUAAGCUCCAGUGAGCAAAGAUAAAGAAAUGAGGACGAGGCUCGGGUGGGCGAUUUCAUACAAAUCACUGUAUUUUGUCCACCCGAGCCUCGAGUUGGUGCCUUUGUUUACAGGAAUGCGAGAAAGGUCUAUGGUGUAAAAAACAUCUUUAUUUCCUUUUAUAGACGGUCGAAAACCAACUAUUAUUAAGGCGCCAGUUAAUCAAAGUGCACAUAUUGGGUCCAACGUAACAUUUAUCUGUGCGGUGAGUGGUGAUCCCGCGCCUGCAGUAAACUGGACGAAGGAUGGUAAGUUGUUGCCCUUCAACCAAAAAGUCCCGACAAACCUCACAACGGGUGAAAUUCAGCUUGUAAUAAGAAGAGUGAGAAUGGACGACACUGGCAAAUAUCGAUGUGUGGCAAGUAACAGUAUGGGUACGGAGAAGUCAAGAGCAGCGGCAUUAUUAGUGCUUGGUAAGGUGUUGCAU